AUGUUGACCAUGACAGCAAUGUACGUGAAUGGAGGAGGGAACCAGAGGUAUGCCAGGUGGAACCGACAGGACAGCCUGGAAGACUAUACCCGCUCAGAAGGCUAUGAGCAGGAUGGAGAGGGGAAGCAGCGCAAGUUGACACCCUUUGAGAAAUUGACACAUGAUAUGUCACAUGAUGAGAAGACAGUCAAAGAGCUCACUCUUGGCAAAAGAAUUGGCUUUUAUCGACUGCGGGGAGAGAUAGGAAGUGGGAAUUUCUCACAAGUUAAACUUGGGAUUCACGUGCUUACCAAAGAAAGAGUUGCAAUAAAAAUUUUGGACAAGACCAAGUUGGACCAGAAGACCCAACGUUUGUUAUCAAGAGAGAUCUCGAGUAUGGAGAAGUUGCACCACCCCAAUAUCAUCAGACUUUAUGAGGUGGUAGAGACCCUGUCUAAGCUGCACCUGGUAAUGGAGUAUGCCGCGGGAGGGGAACUCUUUGCCAAAAUUAACACCGAAGGGAAGUUAUCAGAGUCAGAAAGCAAAGUGAUCUUCUCACAGAUAGUAUCUGCUGUGAAACACAUGCAUGACAAUAACAUCAUACACAGAGACCUGAAAGCAGAAAAUGUCUUCUACACCAGCAACACGUGUGUAAAGGUUGGAGACUUCGGCUUUAGCACCAUCAGUAAAAAAGAAGAAACACUGAACACCUUUUGUGGUUCUCCACCUUAUGCUGCACCAGAGCUUUUCCGGGAUGAGCAUUACAUUGGUGCUUUUGUUGAUAUCUGGGCAUUGGGCAUACUUUUGUACUUUAUGGUGACAGGUAGCAUGCCUUUCCGAGCAGAUACUGUGGCCAAAUUAAAGAAGUGCAUUCUAGAUGGAACAUACUCAAUUCCUCCGUAUGUGUCUGAAUCUUGCCAGCGACUGAUUAAGGGGAUGCUAAAACCUGUACCUUCCGAGAGGUGCACUGUGGACUACAUCAUGAACAGCGAAUGGAUGCAUGGAAUACAAUAUCCAAAGCCUCUGGAACCCUUCGGACUAGACCCAAAACACCUCUUAGACACAGAUACCCUCAAGGAUGAUGAAACAGAAGUAAAGAACACUUUGGAGAGUUUGGGUAUAACAGAGGAACACAUCCUUAACAAUCGGGGCAAAGAUUCCCGAAGUUCUAUCACUGGAGUGUAUAGGAUUGUCCUCCACAGAGUGCAGAAGAAGAGAGCAAUGGAAAGCGUUCCCCUCAUUACCAGUCUAGAGCCAAAGGAGAAGAACACAAGAAGGCCUCACAGAACCCGACGAGAAAUAAGGCAUACCUCUAAAUUUUGUUCAAUUUUAUAA